UGGUACGUCCCAGGUGGUGACACUUCCGUGAGUCUUGCUGUGGAUGUGCACGUGAACACAGUUGACAUUGCGUUGCCGCCUCGGUGGUGGAGUUGGUGAAAGGACUUGCUGCAAUGGCCUCAUCCUGCAUCCAGCUGUGUUGUCGGAGAUGCUCAGGUCUUCUUCGCUCAAAGAUCACUGUGCAAUACUCCACCCAAGCUCAGCAUUGCACUGCAGUCCUCACAGCAUCCAGCAGAGUCUCAAAUGGAUCCUCGUUUUUGGCUGGGAUCUGUGCAGCGUCACACACAAGACAGAGGUGGAGACAGCAGAUGUGCUUCUACAGUGAGCACAAAGCCAAACCUCUGACCGCUGAGGCCAACAGGUACAAGGAUGCUGAGGAGUUGUCAGGGUCGGAUGUUGUGGCGUACAAGAACCGUCUACAAAACGCCACAGACUCUCUGCCAGUCACUGACAGUCAGGUGACAUUAGAUGUGGAUGCUGCCAAAAGUCUUUCAGCACUAGAGGAGAUCAGUGAUGAAGAGGCUGUCAGUAUAUCUGUUCCCUCUGCCCUGCCUCCUGCCACCACCUCUCUUAGGGACUACGUUGACAAGUCGGAGACGCUCAGCAAACUAGUACAGCUAGGUGUGAAUCUCUGGAAACUCGAGCAAAGGCCCAAUGUGGGCUCCAUGCUGCUGAAGCUGGACUUCCAGACCGACGUGGCCCCAAGGCUGCUGUUCCUCAAAGACAUCGGGGUGGAGGACUCUCGUCUGGGCUACAUUCUUUCCACCAACCCCUUCAUUCUUUCUGAGGACCUGGAGAACCUGCGGACCAGGGUGAAUUAUCUCAGGUCAAUGAAGUUCAGCUCUGAGACUGUGGCGUCUAUGGUGUCCAGAGCUCCUUACCUGCUCAACUUCAGUGUGAAACGGCUCGACAACAGACUGGCUUUCUAUCAGCAGCAACUGGGCCUCAGCACUUGGAAAACCCGGGACGUUGUAGCUCGUCUACCCAGAUUACUGUGUGGCAGCUUGGAGCCAGUAAAAGAAAAUCUAAAGGUAUGCCAGAUAGAGCUGGGUUUUAAGGAGAACGAGAUCCAACACAUUGUUGUCACUGUCCCCAAAGUCCUGACUGCCAAUAAGAAGAAGUUAACCCAAAUAUUUGACUAUCUCCACAACACCAUGAAGUUGCCCCACCACCUGAUCGUCAAGUUCCCUCAGGUUCUCAAUGCCAAGUACUUGCGUAUCAAAGAGCGCCACCUGUUCCUGCAGUACCUUGGAAAGGCUCAGUAUGACCCGACGCAGCCCAGCUACGUCUCCCUGGACCGCCUGGUCACCCUGCCGGACGACACCUUCUGCACCGACGUGGCCUCGGCCACGUUACAGGACUUUCAUUUGUUCCUGAAGACACUGUGAUCCUCCUUGUGGGAGUGUUGAGAGGAGCUCCAGGAAGCAGGCGAUCCAGCUUACACAACAAAUCCCACAACAUUGUGGACAUGCCAUGGCAGUCAUGAGCACAUGCAUGAUGCUCAUGCACACAGUAAUGUGUCUGUACAUACAGUAUGAGGUUGAACACAGGAUUAUGUGUCUCAAACUGGUGUUUGAAAUAAAGUGAUUGUUUUGUAAAGUGUUGAAUCAAUAAAUGUAAAUAGUGUAUAAGA